ACUCCUCCCGGCGGCGUGCCACCCGGAAAUCCUGGUAUGACGUGUCAAGGAACUCAGAGGUAACACUCCUUUUACGUGAGUUGACAGAAUCCCGCUUCCAAAUGGGGCGAAGAGGAGUUAGGUGAGGAGGAAACAAGAGAGGGGGUGGAAUGCCCGCCUAGAAUGAAGUAGAAAAGGAGCUGCACCUCCCUUCCAAUCCUGCGAAAAGCUCAAUCAUAUCACAACCCUCGUCGCAGUUUCAUCAAAUAACAAUAAAAUCAGCGCUAUGGCUACUCAUGUUAAAUUGACUGUGACUCAUUACCGAAGGCCUGAGCACACGCACGAGGCAUUUAUGAAAUGGAUUGUUGAAGAGCAUCUCCCGCUUGCCAUUCCAAUCUUCAAGAGAUGUGGGGUUCUCAAUUACUCGCUCUUCGAUACUCCUAAGGAUAUGAAUGCGGAAUUGAAGGCAAAUAUGGGCGGGCACAGAGCGGCGUGGGACUAUGCUGACUUUGACUGCUUUAUCGAGUACACACUCAAAGACGUCAAGAAUAUUGGGGAGUUCCUUGCGGAUCCCGCCUGGGCCAAAUCCAUCGAGCACCAGGAUGAGUGGGUUGACACUAGCAAGGCUUUGAUGUCGAUUGGGUACAUCACACCCUAUCUGCUGGAGUCGGGAGAGGUCGUGAAUGUCCCGAAUAUGAGUUAGUUUACUUUGCGAGGGUGUUGUAAUGUUGCCUUUCAAGAGCCCUGUUGGAGGAUCGACAUGAUCACAUGAAGAUAGUGUCGAUAACACCAAAAUGGCGAGUCCAAGGGCCUGUUUUCGUUCCUUCAUACUCCUAUGCCUGCGCGACCAGCUUCAUUGAGGCUCUAACAUGAUACACCAUCUAAUGCCAAGACCAGACGGAGCUUUCAAUUGCCGAAGGCUUGUU